AUGGCUUCUCUUUCCAGCGACCAAUCUUCAGCCAGGCGAACCUUUGCCAACGCACAUCUUCCUGCCUCAGGCCACGACCUUCUCUCUACUGCCCAUCAACAGCUGGCUGCAACUGCUAGCUCUCAACCUUCCGACCAUGAUCAUACUAGCAAUCACAUCAGCGAGUUUGCUCAUGACGAUCCCACGUCUUCUGCUCAAUCAAGGAAACAUAUUCCCUCUCCCUCCAACGAGCCUCCCAAGGCACCUUCGAUAGAUGGCCUCGAAACGACGCCCGUGUUGACCACUCAAAUCCUAUCUGGUACAUCUGACGAAAGCGCUACUCAGUUGUCAUCAUCAGACGGUUCGGCCAAACCCCCUAGCCUCGAUGGAAAAAGCGUGGCUUCUAUCACAACGUUCGCCAUGGACGAGAAAGAGUCGCUGAGACCAGAUGAUAGUGCUAGUGUCUUAGCUAUCGAGGAUGAUGACACCUACUCAGCGUCAGGAUCCGCUGCCGUCGGUUCGCGAUUGGGCUCGGAGACAGGCGCUCGUGCAUUCCGCGAUCAACUUCUAGAAAUCACUUCCAGAGGACCUGCGCUGCGUCAGUCUGGACCUACGUCGAGACCCGACUCGGCCACCAACGGUCCCAUUGGAACACUGUAUGUUCCUCCGCCAGUUGGCAGCUCUACAGCAAUUCCCGGUUAUGUACAACCACCUACGAACACUGGCAGACCUGAAGAUGUCUUGCCAGAUGCAAAGCUCUUGGAAGCCCUCAACAAUCCGAGAGACAGGAUCUGGGUGCUCAAGUUGGAGCAGGACAUUAUCGACUUUGUGAAGGAUUCUUCGGAACACUCUCUGGACUUGCCUCAAUGCAAUUCGUUCUACAGAAUGCUGGCUCACAAACUGGCUGACUACUAUAUCCUGGGGCAUGCUGUUGACGGCUCAAUCUCAGCCGUUCGUCUGUACAAGACCCCUAACUGUCGGAUCGCUCCACCUUUGACUGCCAUUGCAACACCGCCGACAAGCACUAGCACACCUCCACCCACUGCACCUCAGAUGAAGAUCUUGCGCCGUGGUGGUGAUGCGCCGCUGAACGGCCUCUCCAAGUCGAACUCUGAUGGCGGGGACAGCGCUGACUCAGACAAGAACAAACCUUUGACCCGUGAGCAACGCGAGCAGAGAUAUGAGUUGGCUAGACUCAGAAUUUUGGGCUCUGCAAAGCCUACAGAGGAUACACCCCUUGUCAAGGAGAAGGAUGAAUCCCGUUCCAGCUCUGCUGCCGGAAAGAAGAAACCAAAGAAGCAGCGUAGCAACAGUGAUGAUGAUUUCGAGGCGAGAUCUGCUUACAGCACCUUUGUGACGCCACAGAAUGGUGCCUCCGAUGGUGGAAACAUGGUCUACUACCCCGCAUUCCCUGGAAGUGCCCAAGGUGUCCCUGGCAUGUACAAUGGUGCCCCCUCGGCUUCGGCUUCGCAGAACUCAUAUAAUGCUGUCUACGGUCCUAUGACGCCUUCGCAGGUCGCUCCUUACCCAUGGUUGCAACAAGGUUACUCUGGUUACAACGAAUCAAGUAACCAAGCACAGCACAACGUCAAUGAUCUCUCCGCCGACUUCCAAGCCAUGUCUUUCCAGACACAGUCCGGACCUACCUCUCCCCCUCCCCCAGCUGGUCACUACGGUUAUGGCGGCUCUCAACAGCAACAACAGCAGUAUUCUCCAUGGCAGCAGAUGAUGCCUAAUCAGUCAGGCUACCCAGGCAGUCCGAAUUACGGUAGUCAAUUUGCAAGCAGACCGCCGUCCUCAGCAAGUCAUGGAUCUGCCACACACGGCUACCCGUAUGGAGUUCCGAUGAAUCAGAUGCAGAUGCCUGACACUUAUAUGGGCUACCCAAACCAAGCCAUGGCUGGUGCAUACAAUCGUGGAAACUUUAAUCCUCAGAGUCAGGCAUUUAUUCCCGGCUAUCAACCUCAUUAUGGCGCACCCAUGGUGCCUUCCAAUAACAACAUGGGCUUCAAUUCGGCUUACCCUGGAUCACACGCACUGCAGCGUCAGAACUCAAGCCAGUCGCAAGCGUCGUCGUAUGGUGGACAGAGUGGCGGCCAGAAUAGUAGCAGACCACCUCACCCCCUGCCACAGCCUGUUUUCUCGCCCCAUGUUCCGAUGCCUUUCCAGAACUCACAAAGACAAGCUGGGACACCUUCUCGCCCUGGCAAUACAGCGACAGCAGACAACAAUAGCAGUGCACCAAGCUCUAUCGCAAAAUGGGGAACGCCAGCCUCUUUGCCUGCCAAGCCUCCUCCUCCAGCAGCAACCAAUUCGUUUGAUUUGUCCAGAAUGCCACAUGCGCAGCAGAAUGGUGCAGCCUAUUCUCCUGGAGCUUCAGGACGACUUCCUGGUGUUGGGGGACAGGGUUUCCAUGCUCUGCCAUCGAUGGUAGCCUUGCGCAAUGGACAGACACCCCGGGGCGGACAGUGA